GGUGGGCGUUUCCCAGAUAUAUUCCUCCCCAUGUAGUUUCCCCGGAUUCCCAAGCAGUAGGUCACCCCUUUUACACCAGUCUCCGUAGACCGCCUGGGCAAAAACCAGAAAGUCCCCUUCUAUUGCCUUGAAACAAACGAAAGAAAGAAAAGCCACAUUGACCACGAAUCAGCGGUGUUAACUGCUCGAUUUGCCGAAUUCCCUUGCCCCGGCGUCUCCACUGGUAGUUGAAAGUCUUAUAAGCUAAGUAGGGGUUCAUUCGGUCGUCGUCUACCCGCUUCGCCUGGGUUGAUAAUAUAGGUUUUCUACAAAAAUGUCUGCUGGGAAAGAGGAGCACUCUGUAGUUGGCGCCUGCGUAUAAUUGCCGUCAGCCGCCUCGGACCGGAUCUGGGCACUGGGACAGGAAGAGGCAGGGUGGUAAACAGGAAGUGGACGCUCAGAAAACAUUUGGGGAAAAUGACCCAUUGGUUUCAUAGGAACCCUUUAAAAGCCACAGCUCCUGUAUCUUUUAACUUCUUUGGUGUAGUCACUGGCCCUGCUGCUUCAAAAAUUUGCAAUGACUUGAGGUCAUCCAGGGCACGGCUGCUUGAACUGUUCACUGAUUUGAGCUGUAAUCCAGAAAUGAUGAAGAACGCAGCGGAUUCAUAUUUUUCACUUUUACAAGGUUUCAUAAACUCACUGGAUGAAUCUAGCCAAGAAAGCAAGUUACGAUAUAUUCAGAAUUUCAAAUGGACUGAUACAUUACAAGGACAGAUCCCAAGUGCCCAGCAGGAUGCUGUUUUUGAAUUAAUUUCCAUGGGAUUUAAUGUAGCUUUAUGGUAUACCAAAUAUGCUUCAAGACUGGCUGGAAAAGAAAAUAUAACAGAAGAUGAAGCAAAAGAAGUCCAUCGAAGCCUAAAAAUUGGAGCUGGGAUUUUUAAACAUUUAAAGGAAAAUCAUAUCCCAAAACUUAUCACACCUGCAGAAAAAGGAAGGGAUUUAGAGACACGGCUUAUAGAUGCUUAUAUUAUCCAGUGUCAGGCUGAAGCUCAAGAAGUAACCAUUGCUCGAGCAAUUGAACUAAAACAUACCCCAGGACUGAUCGCUGCACUGGCCUAUGAAACAGCCAACUUCUAUCAAAAAGCUGAUCAUGCUUUAUCCAGUUUGGAGCCUGCAUACUCUGCAAAAUGGAGAAAAUAUCUUCACUUAAAAAUGUGUUUCUACACAGCUUAUGCUUACUGUUACCAUGGUCAGACUUUGUUGGCUAGUGAUAAAUGUGGUGAAGCAAUCAGGUCUCUCCAAGAAGCAGAAAAAUUUUAUGCAAAGGCAGAAGCAUUAUGCAAAGAGUAUGGGGAAACCAAAGGACCUGGGCCAACAGUCAAACCCUCAGGACACUUGUUCUUUCGGAAACUUGGAAAUCUUGUGAAGAAUACCUUAGAAAAAUGCCAAAGAGAAAAUGGAUUUAUUUACUUCCAGAAAAUUCCAACAGAAGCUCCACAGCUGGAACUCAAGGCAAAUUAUGGUCUUGUAGAGCCUGUGCCUUUCGCAUUUCCUCCCACGAGUGCUCACUGGACUCCAGAAACACUGGCUAUGUUUGAUCUCACCAAGAGACCCAAGGAUGACAGUACCAAGCCCAAACCAGAAGAAGAAGUAAAACCUGUGAAAGAACCAGAUGUCAAACCUCAAAAGGACACUGGGUGCUCCAUUUCCUAAAAUGCAUUGAUACAAUGUGCGCUUGGAAUUUUCUCUCCUAGUAGAUAAGAUAAGCUAUGGAACUUCAGUUCACAUUUCUGAAAAUCAUUUCUCUGAAGCCUAUAGAAUGAUUCAUUACAUUCAGAGGGACUAUGCUCAGUUUAUCUGUUCUUGAUUUUCAAUAUAGUGGAGAUGUUUCUUGCUUGAUUUCUAGACUCCUUUUUAACUAGGACAACAUUUGAAAGAUUUUACUGUGCCUCUAAAGGGUGUAUUUGGGGGGUUGGGUCUUUUUUUGAACUUGGGUAGUUUCAGGUUAAUAUAUUAAAGACUGUAGAAUCAUGUGGUUUCAGAUAUAUUUUUCUAUCUUCACAAAAAAGUUUUCCUUCUUAUUUGACACCAGAAGAAUGACAGGAAUCAGUUUUUAACAGUUUUUUUUUUUCUUUUCUUUCUUCCUUCACCAUUAAUGUUGAUUGUAACAUACACAGCAAGUUGUUCUGAAUCAUUUAUCUUUUUUGGUGGAAAAAAAGUCACCUAUGGUUCAAAUCACUCAUACCAAAUCCAUUACAUAUGCUAGAACGAGUACAUAGAAUUUGCUCAGCAGUCAGUGUGUAUAGGUCGGUGUUGAGACCAUUUAAGAACUUAUUCCCUUUCUGGUGGCCCUGUGCAUCAUUUCAGUCUCAGUAAACCUAGAGUGAUUUUUACAAGUACCUUUUCUAGUGGGUUUUUUACUUAAGAGACGGAACUUUGUAAGAGCUCUUAGUGUUUCUACAUGAGAGAAGACAGAAUGAAAACGUUUUUUGAAGAAGUGAUUUACUGCAUGAUGUAAAGAAAAACCUUUAAACUCAAACAAGAUAGGUUGUCCGAAUUACACUGAUAAUGCUCGACUUCUUUGUUAGAGAGGUUAGAGUAAAAUGCCUUUGUUAUCUGAUUUUAGUGUACCUUGUUUUUAUAUGGUUUUCUAAUACGUGUCUCUUGUCAGAAUUGUAU